GGCGGCGGCGGCGGCGGCGGCUGCACUAGCGACCGCCGGAGGAUCAGCAGGCGAGCAGGGCCGCCGGGCGCCGCGGACUGAACUGCACAGCUCAGCAAAAGCGCCCUCGCCCUCCGCGCGCCGCCUCCUGCGAGCCCAAAUUCAGCAACAUUUUGUAAACCUCCAACCCAUCCUUAGAAGAAAAGAAAAAAAAAAAUAGCAUUGAUCGGAGAGACGAGGAUAUAUAUAUAUAUAUAUAUAUAUUUUUGGCUCCUGCUAAAAUUAGCCGGGCUCGCUGCGCGCCUGUGUGCGAGUGUGUGCGAGUGUGUGUGCGUGCGGCGUGUGUGUGUGUGAAUGUGAUUACUCCAGGACUCCUCGGGCUCCGGAGACGCCAUUUUCCCCCUUGAUAUCUCUCUCCAUAAAUCGGUGGCGCGGCGGAGGCGGCCGCGCCAGGCGGGAAGCGCGGGGCUGGCCGGGGCGCCCGCCGCUCGCCGCCGCCUCCGCGCGCCCGGGGGCCCCAGCGCCCCCCGAGCGAGGGCGGCCCGCCCGCGGCUCGCCGUUUGACAGAUGCUCAUCGCCAUGGAGUUGCCACAGCAGCACCUUUGGGGGCUCGGGCGAGCGACCAGAGCCGGGAUCUGAGCGAGUGCCGGGGCCAUCGGAGCCGUAGCCGCCGGGACAUGGUUGCAGAUCUGACCACUUCUGAACUCCUCACCGUGUCUCCAUCCCUGGGACUCUGAACCCAGCAGCUGGACCGAUUUGUUUGUGGAAUUUUGGGUGUCCUCUGUCUUUACCUUUCCGUUUCCCCUUCUCUCCUUCCCUGUCCUGAGAACUCCGGAAGACUAUAAGACUGUCAUGGAGUCCAGGGAAAUCUUAAGCAGCUCCCGGCAAAGGGAGUCGGAAUUCCUGCCCGUCUCUUCAGCCAAGGCCCCGGCUGCACCCAGCUGUGCAGGAGAACCCUUGCUGCCUGCUCCAGGAGCUGGGAAGGGGAUCCCAGUGGGCGGAGAACGCAUGGAGCCAGAGGAGGAGGAUGAACUGGGCUCAGGGCGGGAUGUGGAUUCUAACUCCAAUGCAGACAGUGAGAAAUGGGUGGCAGGAGAUGGCCUGGAAGAGCAGGAGUUUUCCAUCAAGGAGGCCAACUUCACAGAGGGGAGUCUGAAGCUGAAGAUUCAGACCACGAAGCGGGCCAAGAAACCCCCAAAGAACCUGGAGAACUAUAUCUGCCCACCUGAGAUCAAGAUUACCAUCAAACAAUCUGGGGACCAGAAGCUGUCCCGUGCUGGGAAAAACAGCAAAGCUACGAAGGAAGAGGACAGAAACCACUCCAAAAAGAAGCUCCUCACAGCCAGUGACCUUGCAGCCAGCGACCUCAAAGGAUUUCAGCCACAGGCUUACGAGCGGCCACAGAAACACUCAACUCUCCAUUAUGACCCAGGCCUCCCACAGGACUUCACCGGUGACACCUUAAAACCAAAGCACCAGCAAAAAAGCAGCAGCCAGAACCACGUGGACUGGUCCACCAACUCUGAGAGUGGACCCACCACUCAGAAUUGUUUCCUCAGUUCGGAGUCUGGCAGAGAAACUGCAAACACCAGCAAGAUCCCAGCUCUUGAGCCUGUGGCUUCCUUUGCAAAGUCCCAGGGUAAGAAAGGCAGCACAGGGAGCACGUGGAGUCAGCUGUCCAACGGUAGCAAAGAUCUGCUCUUGGGAAGUGUGGUUCCAUCCCCAAGCAACCACAACUCACCAGCCCCACCCAGCAGCUCUGCCGAGUGCAAUGGGCUUCAGCCCUUGGUGGAUCAAGAUGGAGGAGGUGCAAAGGAGCCCCCAGAACCACCCGCUAUAGGCAACAAGAAAAAGUCCAGUAAAAAAGAUAUGAUAAGUCAGACCAUACCAAACCCAGAUCUGGAUUGGGUCAAGAAUGCCCAGAAAGCAUUCGACCACACGGAAGGGAAAAGGGAAGGCUAUUCUGCAGAUAACACCCAAGAGGCAUCACCAGCCAGGCAGAACAUGAGCUCUAUCAGUAAUCCCGAAAAUGACUCAAGUCAUGUCCGGAUUACUAUCCCCAUCAAGUCACCCUCUCUAGAUCCAGCUAGCCAUAAAAGGAAAAAGAGACAGUCCAUCAAAGCAGUGGUGGAAAAGAUCAUCCCAGAGAAAGCCCUGGCUUCUGGAAUCCCUAUGAGCAGUGAAGUAGUCAACAGGAUCCUUUCCAACCCGGAGGGAAAUAAGAAAGACCCCCGUGUCCCUAAGUUGAGUAAGAUUAUAGAGAACGAAUCCCCCUCAGUUGGUCUUGAAACUGGUGGAAAUACUGAGAAAGUUGUCCCAGCAAGUGUGUCUAAACCACGGAAGCCACCCACGGUCAUGGCACCACCAACAUGCGCAGAUCACUCUCCAUCAAGAAAGCUGCCAGAGUUCCAGCAUCCAAAGUUUGCCGCAAAACGGAGGUGGACAUGCAGCAAACCAAAACCUACCAGUAUGCUUCGGGAGGCAGUCAUGGCCACCUCCGAUAAACUGAUGGUGGAUCCCCCGUCUGCCUAUCCCAUCACCCCUUCUAGCCCUCUGUACACCAACACAGACAGUCUUACUGUGAUCACACCAGUCAAAAAGAAGCGGGGACGACCAAAGAAGCAGCCGUUGCUCACAGUCGAGACAAUACAUGAGGGUACUUCCACCAGCCCAGUCAGUCCAAUCAGCCGGGAGUUUCCUGGCACCAAGAAAAGAAAGAGACGACGCAAUUUAGCUAAGUUGGCCCAACUAGUGCCGGGAGAGGACAAACCCAUGAGUGAGAUGAAAUUUCACAAAAAAGUUGGAAAGCUUGGUGUGUUAGAUAAGAAGACCAUCAAAACUAUCAAUAAGAUGAAGACACUCAAGAGGAAAAACAUCUUGAACCAGAUCUUGUCCUGCUCCAGCAACAUUGCUCUGAAAGCAAAAGCUCCCCCUGAAACCAGCCCUGGGGCAGCAGCAAUUGAGAGCAAACUGGGUAAGCAGAUUAACGUCAGCAAGAGGGGAACUAUCUACAUUGGCAAGAAGAGGGGCAGGAAGCCGAGAGCUGAGCUGCCACCCCCAUCCGAAGAACCCAAAACAGCCAUCAAGCACCCAAGGCCUGUUUCUAGCCAGCCGGAUGUUCCAGCCGUGCCUUCCAACUUUCAGUCACUUGUGGCGUCUUCACCAGCAGCUAUGCACCCACUUUCAACCCAGUUAGGUGGGUCAAAUGGCAACCUGAGCCCUGCCAGCACUGAAACCAAUUUUUCAGAGUUGAAAACUAUGCCAAAUCUCCAGCCCAUCAGUGCUCUUCCAACCAAAACCCAAAAGGGAAUACACAGUGGAACCUGGAAGCUGUCUCCACCCAGGCUGAUGGCCAACUCACCUUCACACCUUUGUGAGAUUGGCUCCCUAAAGGAGAUAACGCUGUCACCUGUGAGCGAGUCACACAGUGAGGAGACGAUCCCAAGUGACAGUGGCAUCGGGACAGACAACAACAGCACGUCUGAUCAGGCAGAGAAGAGUUCAGAAUCCCGACGGAGGUACUCUUUUGAUUUCUGCUCCCUGGACAACCCGGAGGCCAUUCCGUCCGACACCAGCACAAAGAACCGGCAUGGCCACCGGCAGAAGCAUCUCAUUGUGGACAACUUUCUGGCCCACGAAAGCCUCAAGAAGCCAAAGCACAAGAGGAAACGGAAAAGCCUGCAAAACCGCGAUGAUCUUCAGUUUCUGGCAGACCUGGAAGAGCUCAUCACCAAGUUUCAGGUGUUCAGAAUCUCCCACCGGAGUUACACGUUUUACCACGAGAAUCCAUAUCCCAGCAUUUUUCGGAUUAACUUUGAUCACUACUACCCGGUGCCGUAUAUCCAGUAUGACCCGUUGCUCUAUCUUCGUAGGACUUCAGACCUGAAGUCAAAGAAGAAGCGUGGUAGGCCUGCAAAAACCAAUGACACCAUGACAAAGGUGCCUUUUUUACAAGGGUUCAGCUACCCUAUUCCCAGUGGAAGUUACUAUGCACCCUAUGGAAUGCCUUACACAUCAAUGCCUAUGAUGAACCUUGGCUAUUACGGUCAGUACCCAGCUCCUUUGUACCUAUCGCACACGCUCGGAGCAGCUUCCCCGUUCAUGAGGCCGUCUGUGCCACCACCUCAGUUCCACACUAGCGCCCACAUGAAGAUGUCUGGUGCAGCAAAGCAUAAAGCAAAGCAUGGGGUGCACCUACAGGGACCCGUUGGCAUGGGCCUUGGUGACAUUCAGCCAUCCCUGAAUCCUCCCAAGGUGGGCAGCGCCAGUCUGUCCGGCGGUCGGCUCCACAAGAGGAAACACAAACAUAAGCAUAAGCACAAGGAGGACCGGAUCCUGGGGACCCACGACAACCUGAGUGGUCUCUUUGCAGGCAAAGCCACGGGCUUCUCCAGCCACAUCCUGGGUGAGCGGCUGAGUAGUGCAGACAAAGAGCUCCCACUGGUGAGUGAGAAGAACAAACAUAAGGAGAAGCAGAAGCACCAGCACAGUGAAGCCGGCCACAAAACCUCUAAGAGCAGCUUUGAGGUGGACACCCUGUCUACACUGUCACUCUCUGAUGCCCAGCAUUGGACGCAGACCAAGGAUAAAGGUGACUUGGGCAGUGAGCCUGCAGACUCCUGCACAAAGAGGUACUCUGGCAGCGGUGGGGAUGUUGGCGGCACGAGAUCAGAGAGUCUGGACGUGUUCAGUGAUAUGAAUGCUUCGAAUGACAAGUGGGACAGUGAUUUGAGUGGGAGUAAACGGAGGACCUACGAAGGCUUUGGGACAUACAGGGAAAAGGACAUCCAAGCCUUCAAGAUGAACCGAAAGGAAAGAAGUUCUUACGACUCCUCCAUAUCUCCAGGGAUGCCAAGUCCCCACUUAAAAGCAGACCAGACUGCAGUGCAUGGUAAGAACGAGGCCUCAGCAUCCACCAUGAUGACCAGAAAGAAGCCAGCCGCAGUUGACAGUGUUGCAAUUCCAUCGACCCCGGUGUUGUCUCUCCUUGCUGCAUCUGCAGCAACAUCAGACACAGCCAGCUCCUCCCUGAAGAAGCGAUUCAAGCGGCGGGAGAUCGAAGCCAUCCAGUGCGAGGUGCGGAAGAUGUGCAACUACACCAAGAUUCUGUCCACCAAGAAGAACCUGGACCACGUGAACAAGAUCCUGAAGGCCAAGCGGCUGCAGAGACAAUCAAAAACAGGCAACAACUUCGUCAAGAAGAGGAGAGGGCGUCCCAGGAAGCAGCCCACCCAGUUCGAUGAGGACUCCACCGACCAAAUGCCGGUGCUGGAAAAAUGCAUCGACCUUCCCAGCAAGAGGGGGCAGAAGCCCAGCCUGAGCCCGCUCGUGCUGGAGCCCGCCGCCAGCCAAGACACGGUCAUGGCCACCAUCGAGGCGGUCAUCCACAUGGCCCGGGAGGCCCCGCCCCUGCCCCCACCUCCACCCCCGCCUCUCCCGCCCCCGCCCCCUCCGCCCCCGCCCCCGCCCCCUCCUCUGCCCAAGACCCCCCGUGGCGGAAAGAGGAAACACAAACCGCAGCCUCCUGCGCAGCCCCCGCAGCAGCCGCCCCCGCAGCAGCCCCUUCUCCAGGAAGAAGAGGUGAAGGCCAAAAGACAGAGGAAAUCCCGAGGGAGUGAGAGCGAUAUCCUUCCCUAGGGUGGGUCUGGGCGUCUGAGCCCGGGGCGGAGGGAACUGACACACUGCAAGUGCAGGAAGCCGGGUGGGGGUGGCACCCCCACUGCAGGGACCCCGACGCCCUUCUCUCCAGAUGCUGGGCAGGCAGAAUCGGUCCACAGGACGGGGUUGAGCCAUCAGUGGCUCUUGGGGUAAGCAGAGGAGGGGGACACCUUCAAAAGAAGCUUGCCUGUGCUUUGCAGCAGUUCCCAACCAAGCGGCACGUCCAUAUUGCUAGAUCCUUUUACAGGAGAGAAGACCCAUCAAGGAGGAGGUAGAAAGAGCUGGUGGUCCCCUCGACGGCCACCCGAGCUACAGCUUCCAAGGUGCGCAGUUGAUUCCGAUUUCAUUUGCUGGCCAGGAAAAUCGGAAGGGAAACGCCUCAAUUAGGGAACAUUCCAAGGGGAGAAAAGCUACAAAUGUCCUAUCCGGCUUUGUUGUAACCCACUUCCAUUUAAUUGGUUUUUAUUUCAUUUGGCUUUAAAGCUCUGCUAGGAUUUGGGGUACCGACGUCAUCUGCAGGUGACCUGUGUUGGCAAUACGGUUUUUCAGAUGGAAUCGUGUAAGCAGAAGGUGGAUUUCCCGUGGUAGGCGCCCACAGACGUGGGAUCACAUUCUCCUCUAUGCCUCCUCCAUUACACUAGCGUCUUCUAGGCCUCCUUUCCCUUUGCCCAUGGUACCUCCAUAAUGUUUUCAUUAACGUACUUGCUGCCUUCUUUUUCUUGAUAACCACCUGAAUAACGUAAACACGCCCUUCCUUACCUGUGCUGUAGAAUGCAGCCUUGGCAUGCUGCGCCAAGGAACCUGGCUUUGAAUCCCAGUCAUUUUGACACAGAUACUCAGUAUUAAUAGAACCCUCUUUUUAAUAAGUGAUUCAGAACAGCCAAGGAUAUGUUGACCCAGGUGUUAACCAGUUCGUUUUUAUGUUUAAAACACGUCAGCAGAGAAUAGGCAGAAUUAAAAAUGGUUUUAAUAUCCCACAGCAAAUGGAAUAACUGAAAAAUCACCAAACUCCAAAACCCCAGACGCACCAGAAAGAAAGUGUCUGACAAUGCCUUGGUAUGUGAUUUUUUUCAUACAAGUAACUAUCAUUGAUUGUUGGAAAAAGGAAACAAAAAGACAAUAGAAAAUGUCCCUUAUCUCUUGAUAAUUAUUUCUUAAACGCAAAUGGGAGUAAGUGUUCUUAUCUAUAAAAUAAAAAUGAAAAUGCUCAAAGGGUAUCACCACUCCAGUUGUAUCAAGCCACCUUGGACAAAGUAUCCAAACUGUGGUUGCCUUAAUAAACUAAAACAUUUUUGUACAUAAUGUAAUUAUAAAUCUAUCAGUCUGCAUGGAUGCAAACUGUGUGUGACAAAUCGUCUUUUAAAUGGUCAAUUUCAACUGUACAUUUCUCAUCCAAGUUGUACUCUCGCCAUUGGUUUAGUGUGGACAAAUGUUUCAUCUCUAUUAUCCAUUUCCACAGCUCAAGUAAAAAUGUUAAGAAGACUCACAAUGAAUAUGAGGUUAUUCCAUUGCCAUAGAUGUUUUCUAAAAGUCAGAUAUGGAAAUUUCAUGUAAGGAUUUUCCGUUUCCUCCCUCACUCUUCCCCUUACCUCCCUCAAGACAUCAAAUACCUGGCAUGGUAGAUUCCAGAAAGAGAGACACUGAGAGACAGAAAAUUAAAUUUUCUAAUGGGAAUUAGAAUAUCUGGUUUAACCUCAGAUUAUGUGUUUUACAGGAAGCUGGGACUGGCUGGAAAUUGUAUUAUCGCUACAUUAUUUCCAUAGAGAGAGCUGGGUUUUUUGUUUGGGAACAUAAUAGAGUAAGGGAUGGGGUAUCUAUAGAACUGAAUUUUAAAAUUCCAAGUUAAUAAGCUUGCUAACAUCACUGCUCUGUCACAGCACCAAUAGUUUGUUAAAAUUACCUAUUCUACGCUGUCACCAUGGACAUCACAUCAUUUGCUACCCACUAGAUCAGUCACAUUUAAUCCUAGCAAUAUGUAAGUUUAAAGGACUACAUUCUCCUGUACUUUAAAGCUUAUAUCCUAGAUGCUCAGUUUCUGACCUAGGUUGACCUUUGGCAUUUCACACAAGUUGAACAGCAAAAUCAAGCCAGCCACUUUCAAUUUGUCAUUCCCAAGCCAUGUCUGAAUGACUUCAAAAUCACCCAAGAGGAAGGUUUAAAUUAGCCCCACUCACCCCACCAUUGCCAUGAAAGCACAACCAUUUUCAUUCCAAUUAAGCUAUAAAGCAGUUUUUCUUCCUGUUGGACUUUGAAAAUCAUUUCGUUCAUUCUUUCUUUUGCUUGUUUUUCUUCCCAUCUUGUACUGUCAUCCCAACCAAGUCUGUGAGCAGACUAAAUCUCCCUGUGCAAGAGAAUGAACUAGCACUCCCUAAGCUCUGUAAAGGAGGAUCCAAAGCUUAAUUGGCAUAAACCUCUAGAAGGUGAGAAUGCAUGACAAAUUCCAAACCAAUGAAAGACAUCCCAGGAGAAAAAUAGCAGAGAUGCAACUUACAUAUAAAUUCAGGUUUAUAGUUGUCAUGUGAGUGAAUUGCAAAGCCUCUUCAUUUAUGACCCUAAGAGUAGAACAGAAAACUGCAGAGGACUGAAGCUGAGGCAUGCUAUACGACAGCUUGGAGGUGGAAGCAAGCCAGACACUUGCACAGCCUCCCCUCUUCACCACCCAGCUCCUCCUUCACAAUUAAUGUUUUUCUUCUGCUUUCCUUUCACCUAACUCAUCUCAUCGGUUAUUCUCAGGCUAUUCCUUUCCAUUAGCCCCUCCUCUCUGGCUCAGGCUCAGUGUUGGGCCCAUCUAGCUUCACAUAUAGUUAGUUGGUUGCAGAGCCAGAAUGAGAACCCAGUUCUGCUAACCCAGACGUGGAAGUCAUUUGGGAUGCACGAGGCUCCAUAUACAGCUCCACAUAAGACUUCUAAACAAGUGAACCCCCUUGGUUUUUUUGGUUGGUUGGUUGUUUUUCUAGAAUACUUGCUUUCAGCAAGCAGGCAUGAAUCCAAUUACAAUAUAGGGAGUCUGAACAGGGUUGAGAAAGGAUGAGACCUGGAUAGAAAGACUUCCCCCUUACUAAGUGGCUGCGAGGCCACGUGCUUUUCAACCCCUGAUCUCAAAAGAGAGGAACACAAGUUUGACUUGCUAUAGUAGCCUAGCUCUGGCUACAACCCAAGAGAAGAAAGACGGAAGGAAAGGUGAGAAUAUGUGGGGCUGGUCUGUAACUGGGACUCAGCAGCCACUGACAGCCCAGAGAAGGUGACUAAGGGCUGACAAAGAAUUAGCAUGUUAAAUUGGCUGCUGUCUGAAGUGGGAAGCCGUGUCCAAUGGCAGUCGAAUUUGUGUUUUGCACGUUGCUGGGUCUAUGAAUAUGAUCAUCAAGUGGUGACACAAGAGUAGUAUAAGGUGAUGUACUACAUGCAGAUCACAAAGGAUGUGGUUUUAGGACUUCAGUCGAAAAUCCCACUCCCUCAGCUUAUUACCCAGCAAUACUCGGGUAAUGAGCUCUUGGAGAUUUUUUUCCCCCUACUAUUAGGAAGAUUUACCUGGGAACUGUCUAAAGUCUAUACAUAUAUUUCCAAAGCCUUUAAAUGCCAACUGUAGCAUGGAGAAAGAGGGGAGGGGAUGGCAGAAGCCGAAAUGCCUCAAAAGCCAUUUAAGUGUUAUGUUGCAGGAUUUUUAGUCCUUCUCAUUAUAUAAAAGUAGGUAAAUAUAGACAUUAUUCUCAACACUACCCUAUAGUAUCGCAAUCAUCCAAAUGCCAGAGCUUACAGAUAAUGUCAUCACAGUGCCUACAGACUCGAACUGUAAUAUACCGUAGCAUUUCCUUGGUGUUUCUGAAAGUUUCUUUCCAUAAUUCAAGGCCCCCCCCACCGCCUCUUGUUUCUUGGAGAGUUUGCCCCGCUGAUGAGUCUUCCUUCCCUGUUGGGCUCAUUCAUUUGGGGAACAGUCUUAGAAGCACAUAUCAACCAAGGAAGAAACUUCCUGGAUGUCUAUUGCCCACUUUCCCAGGUAUGAUAAACACUAAAGGGAGAAAAUUCAAAAGAGCUGCCAAUUGGUCAACCUGGAAGUGCAGUUCCACCCUAAGUUGGUGUCUUUCUUUUUCUUCCUUUUUAAAAAAUCUAUUUCUUAAAUAAUAAUAAAUGCACAUGAUGUGUUAAAUAUGUAUAUAUAUAUUUCAAAAGAAAAAAUGGGGCACAAGAUUGUCUUACAAGUCGUGCUGGCUAAUUUUUAGUUUGUAUUCAUAAGUGGUUUUUAAAAGCCUUUUUUAAAGUGUAAUUUGCAUGUUCUACUUUGAUUGUAUGUAAACAUAUUUUAGAACAAAAAAUGUAUUUGUAUUUUAUUGAAUAUAGAGGCAAGAAAAAUUGUACAUUGUUUGAAAUGUUCUUUUUGUAACAGUUUUUAUUCAUAAAGCAUUUUUGUACAUUUAAAAUGAACAUGGACUUGCUGUUAUUUGAGGCGUAGCUACAUCUGGCAUGCUUUACUGUCAUGCUCCUCCAUGGUCUUAGAUGUUGGGUUUUAAACAUUUUUUUCUAAAAGAAAGCUCAGUCUUUUUCGCUACCAGAUCAGGUUAGCACAGUAUAGAGCACUUAACUAUUAAAAGAAAAGUUAAUCCUAUUCAUAUGUUAUUCAUUGUGUGAAAUUAAAGACAUUCAAUUCAGUCUAA